AUGAUUGAAUCCGCAAGAUUGAUCUACAUUAGAACUCAUCAGAAGGCUUUGCGUUGUGAAGCUUAUCAAGGAUUGAGCGAUGCAUUAACAAGCGGAGAAUUAGACCCUACCGGUCGGGGUAAAAGAAUUAUACUACCAUCAUCAUUCACAGGUGGAGCCAGGUAUAUGAUUCAGAACUAUCAAGAUGCAAUGGCAAUAUGCAGACAAAUCGGUUAUCCACAUUUGUUCAUAACAUUCACUUGCAACCCGAAGUGGCCUGAGAUUGAACGGUAUGUUGUCCAUCGUGGUCUUAAACCAGAGGAUAGACCCGAUAUUAUUUGUUGCGUGUUUAAAAUGAAACUUGAUGCUAUGAUUGAAGACAUAAAAACACAAAAGCUGUUUGGCGACAUAUAUGGAGUUAUCUACACUAUUGAAUUCAAAAAGAGAGGACUUCCCCACGCACACAUAUUGCUAUUUGCCAAAACAAUAAAUAGGGUUAAUUCCGCAGCCGAGAUUGAUGCUAUUAUUUCAGCUGAAAUUCCUUACCCAGAUGCUGACACUGAGUACCAUGACGUAGUCGGCGAAUUCAUGUUGCACGGACCGUGCGGACAACUUCGGAAGAAUUCGCCCUGUAUGAUAAAUGGUAAAUGUUCAAAGUUUUUUCCAAAAAAAUAUGUUAGUCAUACGUGUUUGGAUAAAGAUGGCUAUCCGAUCUACAGAAGGCGUGAUAAUGGAAGUAUAAUCGCUAGGAAUGGAAUCGAACUUGAUAAUCGUUAUGUUGUUGCGCAUAAUAAAUAUCUGCUCCUAAAAUAUCGCGCACAUAUUAACGUUGAAUGGUGCAACCAAUCCAGAUCUAUUAAAUAUUUGUUCAAAUACGUGAACAAGGGAAACGAUAAGGUCACGGCAGAGUUCAUGAGUAGUUCUACAAAUGGACGCAAUGAUGAUGUGGUUGAUGAAAUUAACAUGUACUAUGAUUGUCGGUACAUAUCAGCAUGUGAAGCAACGUGGAGGCUUUUUGGGUAUGCGAUACAUUAUCGGACGCCACUUGUGGAAAGGUUAAAUUUUCACUUAGAGCACCAACAGAAUGUUGUCUAUGGUGAAGAUCAGACACUCGAUGAGAUUGUGGAGAACCAAACAGUUAAGCAGAGCCAAUUCACAGCUUGGUUUGAGGCAAAUAAGAAAUACGAAGAUGCACGUUCUCUCACUUAUGCAGAGUUCCCAAAUGAUGACAAGGAGUACAUCGACGGCAUAACUGAUUCAAGCUACUGGGCUUCUGCGUCUGCUUUAAGACGAUUGUUUGCUACGCUUCUGAGUUCAAAUUCCGAUAAGAAACAGUUUGCUCUUGUGGAGUUGGAGAAAUUGUUAACUUUGUGGGGGAAGAGUCUGAGAGACUUUCCAGAAAUGCCACUUCCAGAUGAAACCAAUAUCGGGUUUAUGGAAAACAUGUUGAUAGCUGAAGAGUUGGCGUAUGAUAAGGAAUCGUUGAAGAUAGAGCAUGAAACAUUAUUAACACAAUUGACGGAUGAGCAAAAGAAUGUUUACGACUCUGUGAUGAAUGAUAUUGAUUGUAAUGGAGGUGGACUCUUCUUUGUGUAUGGUUACGGAGGAACAGGGAAGACAUUCGUGUGGAGGACCUUAUCCUCAAUGAUAAGGAGCCGCGGAGAUAUUGUUCUAAAUGUUGCUUCAAGUGGAAUAGCAUCUUUAUUAUUACCGGGAGGAAGGACAGCGCAUUCUAGAUUCGCUAUACCACUCUCAUUGAAUGAAGAUUCCACGUGCAAUAUAUCGCAAGUUAUUCCCAAAGCAACGAGACCAGUAGUUGUCGGAGCAACUAUUAAUUCUUCAUACCUCUGGACAAAUUGCAAGGUAUUGAGGCUAACGAAGAACUUGAGACUACGAAGCUUAGCUUCAGAGGAAGAUAGGCAGACGGUUGAUUGGUUUUCAAAAUGGAUUGCAAACAUAGGAGAUGGUAUAACAGGGGUUGUAAACAAUGGGUUGUCUGAGAUCGAUAUUCCACCAAGGUUUCUGUUAAACUGUGGACAUGAUCCCAUAGCAACUAUAGUGGAAAGCACAUUCCCAAGCGCGAGAUAUGGCAUGAUUGAUGAGUUGGACUUAGAAGGUCGAGCAAUCCUUUCACCAACUUUAGAUGUGGUUGAUCAAAUUAAUCAAUACAUGUGCAACAUGAACACUGCGGAAGGUCGAACUUAUUUAAGUUGUGACUCUUUGUGUAAGGCAGAAUCAGACGGCGAAAAUCUAUCACAAGUACACACUCCUGAAUUUUUAAAUAGUCUCAGAUUGUCUGGGCUCCCAAUCAUUCAUUGA